GCUGUGGGAACUCAGUCUUUCUUUCAUUUCUGAAACCAGACAGAUUCUUGUUUUGUGUGUGGAACUGAAUUUCUAGGAUUCAAGUCUUGAUAUCUAAAUAAUGAGCUUUCCUGACCACGACGUGCUGGGCCAGGCUUUUGAAGAUGCUCUAGAAGUGCUGCAGCAGCACUCUGACAGAGAAAUGCAGUGCCCACCAGGUUAUAAAAACUGCGUGACUGUGAUCAACCAUCACCACCACCUCCAAGCAAGUCCCAGUUACUGUGCAGCACCAUCUGGGGAGGAGCAAGGGUAUAGCUGGAGAAACGUGAUUAACAGUGCAGCGGAUUUUUAUGCAGAUGAGACUGUCUACCAUACACUGCAGAAUACUCCAGAAAGUCAAGUGAUGCAUGCUGCUGCUGGCCAGCCAAAAGGAGGGAAAGGCAGAAAAAAGCUUCGACUAUUUGAAUACCUCCAUGAGUCUCUCUAUGAUCCAGCUAUGGCAAACUGCAUCCAGUGGGUGGAUAAGCCAAAUGGUGUCUUCCAGUUUGUCUCCAAAAACAAGGAGAAACUUGCAGAACUCUGGGGAGAAAGAAAGGGAAACCGCAAGAUCAUGACUUACCAGAAAAUGGCCAGAGCCCUGAGGAAUUAUGGAAGAACAGGUGAAAUCAUUAAGAUCCGUAGGAAGCUGACAUACCAGUUCAGUGCUGUUGUUUUGAAGAGACUUGCUCCAUCUUAUUUCUUGGGAAAAGAAACAAUUUAUCAUCCCUACAUUCAGUCUAAUCAAGAAUAUCAGUGUGCAGAUGACUGGACCAGUUACAAUAAUUACAUGUACAACAAUGGUUAUGCAUUACAGCAUGCUAACAGCUAGACUUACCUGUCACAUGAACAGGCCUUUGUUAUCCAGCAAUCCUUUGCAGCACUGAAACUCUUCUCUCUGCAUAGCUUUUCCUUUAAGAUAUCAUACAAAC